AUGAAAAAAUCCAUCCCCUCGCCGAUCCCCACCGCCAGAGGCUCCCGCUCCGCCGCUGAUCCAAUUCUGUCCGGCCACAUCGACGCGUCCGUACAGAUACCGAAACUGAAGCUUCCCCAGCAGGCUCAGCGGUUCCGGCCGGAGGAGAUCGAUUUCCGACGGCUAGCGUCUGGGGAAAGCGGCUCCGUGCGGCAGUUGCUGGGAUCGAUCGUGGAAUUCGGGUUGGUAAUAAUUAGGCAUCACGGGAUAUCAACGGCGGAGGAGCUGAGAUUUGCGCUGGGUAACGGCGAGAGAGUGUUCGGGCUAACGGCCGAUUGCUGUAGCAGCUAUGGAGACCACGAAAGGAUUGUUUGGCGCGGGAGUGACCGCCGGAUUGUGGAAGAGGCCCCGGCGGCAAUCGGUGGCCGGAAAUUUCGAAUGCUAUGGUAA